AUGGAGAACCCUGCAAACCUUUCUUCCUCGUUCUAUUUCUUCUCCCGCACGCCCAAUCCGUUUCCGUCCGCCUCCUCCCCCGCACAGGACAACCGUCCGCUGCCCCCGGUGGCUCGCCGCCCGCCGCCGGAUCUCGACGCGCGCGAAGGCGACCGCGCCGCCACCUUCCGCCGGUGCUCGUGCUCCUCCUUGCGCUCUCGCUCCUCUCCCUCCCCUUUCGCCGCCGCCUGUUCCUCCCCCGCGGCCCGUCCCAAUACUACGCCGGCGGCGACGCGAUCCUCCGCAGGGCGGCGGCGGGAGCGGUUCCCUACCUGCGCCGUCGUCGGGAACAGCGGCAUCCUUCUCGGCUUCGGCCAGGGCACCCAGAUCGACGCGCACGACCUCGUUGUCCGGCUCAACAACGCCCGCGUCGCGGGUUACGCCGCCGACGUCGGCGCCAAGACCUCGCUCUACUCCAACAUCCUCCACCGCUACGCCGUCCGCUCCGCUGUCACCGCCGGUGGCUGCGCCUGCCACCCCUCGACGACCUCCCCGUUCCCGCUCCUCGUCACCGACGCGCGCCUCGACGCGCUCUGCGCGCGCAUCGCCAAGUAUUACUCGAUGCGGCGGUUCGUGGCCACGACCGGGGAGCCGGCGAACAACUGGACCCGGAGGCACGACAGAGGUACUUCCACUACUGGUCUGUGGUGCGCUCCGCCUCCAGGGAGAGCUCAGACGACGACGUCGAGUUCACCUUGA